UGUGUGGAAAUCUGACAUACAGCAGUCAGAAACUCUCUCUUUUUUUCUACUUACAGGAUUUUUACAGAUUUGUAAUCUGCCAGAAUGAUAAGCCGAAAUACCAAAAAUGUGCUCGUGGUAUCUUUUGGAUUUUUUUUCUUGUUUAUGGCGUUUGGAGGACUACAGAAUCUACAGAGCAGUCUAAAUGCUGAGGAAGGAAUGGGCGUUAUCUCACUGAGCAUCAUCUACGGAACCAUCAUUCUGUCCUCCAUGUUCCUGCCUCCCAUCAUGAUCAAAAACCUGGGCUGUAAAUGGACCAUCGUCAUCUGCAUGGGCUGCUACAUCAGCUAUUCCUUUGGAAAUCUCUUUCCUGGAUGGCCCAGUCUGAUCGCUACAUCUGCUAUUCUGGGUUUGGGAGGCUCUCCACUUUGGUCUGCUAAGUGCACGUACCUUACAAUCAGUGGGAAUGCACAGGCGGAGAAAGAAAACAAGAAAGGCCAGGAUAUCAUAAACCAAUACUUUGGCCUUUUCUUUUUCAUCUUCCAGUCGUCUGCCGUUUGGGGAAGCCUCAUGUCAUCACUUAUAUUUCGACAAGACGCUAACAUAGCUGAAAUCCCUGAGGAGAGACUGCAGUUCUGUGGUGCUGCCCUGUGCAAUGAGAACUUCACCACCUCGGGGAAGUUCACACGACCGGAGCAGAAUCUCGUAAACAUACUUUUGGGCUGCUACAUUGUACUGUAUAUAACUCAGCUGAGCGAUACCUCUGUAGGUGUGGGGGUUCUGGCGAUGGUCCUUGUGGCAGUUUUCCUGGACAACAUUGAUGGAAAAGAUGCAAAGGAGUUUCGCAAGGACAAAGGCAACCAAACAUUCUGGAAUACCUUCCUGGCCACGUUCAGGCUUUUAGGAGAUAAGAGCCUGUUAAUGCUCAUUCCCUUGACUAUGUACAGUGGAUUCAAGCAAAGCUUCCUCACCGGUGAAUACACAAAGAAUUAUGUGACCUGUGCAAUAGGAAUCCAUUAUGUUGGAUUUGUAAUGAUUUGCUCCGGCGCUGUGAGUUCGCUGAGCUCUUUCUCAUUUGGGAAGCUUGCGCAGUACACCGGGAGGAUCCCCCUCUUCUGUCUUGCCGCUGUGAUAAACCUGAGUUGUAUGAUAGCUCUGCUGUACUGGAGGCCUCAUCCGGACGAGCUGCCCUUCCUCUUUGUGUUUCCUGCUCUCUGGGGUGUGGCAGAUGCUGUGUGGCAAACACAAGCCAACACAUUGUACGGCACUCUGUUCCCUCAGCAACAUGAGGCAGCAUUCGCUAAUUAUCGCAUGUGGGAGUGUUUGGGCUUCUUGAUACCCUUCGCGUACAGCACGUUCAUCUGUCUGUCCACCAAACUCUACAUCCUCAUCUCAGUCCUUUUGCUGGCCAUGCUGAUGUACUUCUGGAUGGAGUACAAUGAGUACAAGCAUCCCACUCCAGCAGUGAAACGCGACACAGACAAGCUGGACGAGAUGCACGUUAAAGGCACAGAGAAAAACCAGAACAGAAUGAGUCAGACAAGAUUCUAGGCAAGAAUAUGAUGAAACAGAGAAU